AAAAAAACGAGUAGCCAUGUUUCAACACAACCAUCGAACCUGAAUCGAACCUGUUCCGUAACCUUGCACGGACGCUUCCAACAGCGCUGAAGUCCGACAGGCAUGCUGCUGGCAUGAAGUGUUGGAUGUGCAUUCUUGCGAGCAACAUUCUCUGUGGAUUGUCACAUGAUUUCCUGGAACCGUCGCCUGGAUGCCUGCGCUUUUUGAAUCAAUUGGCUUCAGAUCAUGAGACAGAGAGGCGAAAUUUGCAAAAUUUUGUGCGGCACAGCUUGGCAGAGUCCAUGGAUUGUGCAUCGGCGGCCAUUGCCAAGGCAACGGUUGAGGAUGCCCUACUGUUAUCACGGUUGGCCGAAGAGGUAGCGCAACACCCCAGGUGCAUGCAAGAGCUGGACACGAAGUCAGAGGCCGAGACGCGUUGUGCACAGAAGUGGUACAAGAUCGGAAUUCAUGUUCUUGUUGUGCAUGGUUUACAAGAAGCCGCAGAACAGAUGUGGCACCGUGCCAAAGCCAUUCGCACGGUGACGGGCGCCACCAUUGGAUGGACGAGCCUCUUAGAGACGCCGACUGUCUGGGUCUCCAGUUUGGAAAGCAUGCCUUUUUGGGAUUGUUCCACCUGGCCAUUCCUUGCCAGCCUAGAGGCAGCAAGCUCUGUCAUUCUGGAUGAAGUCCAGAAAGCAGCACAGUUCACGGCGGCUUAUCCAUAUCUCAAGACCGGAGGUGUUUGGCAGGACAUUUUUCUGUACCGAGGCCACGACUGGAACUCCACGCUUUGUGACGCAAUGCCCAGAACUUGUCGUUUGCUGUUGCCUGAGCUGCCUACGAAGCCCGGGGUCCCCUAUGCCACGGUUUACAAUGAAGAGGUCGUGAUCUUCCGCUCGGAGCCUGGGGCCACUGUUGGUGCUCAUUGCGGCUCGUCCAAUGCCAUCAUCAACCUGCACCUGACACUCAAAGGAGGACGUGGAACAUCGAUUGCUGUGGGUGAUGAGCGAAUCUUCUUGGAGGAUGGCAAGGCGGUUUGCUUCCAAGACAGCUUUUUUCAUGCUGUGCAGCAUGAAGUGUUUGGAGAGGACGAGCGAAUUUCCAUGGUUCUGCGGGUCAUGCAUCCGCAGAUGAGUCUGGAUGUCCUGGAGAAGAUUCAGAGCACAGACAUGGUUCCAGAUUUGCGGGCCUUCAGCAGCUCGGAGAGCCUCUUGCAGGAGGUUUAUCGACUGCGCCAGGAAUACAGAAAACUUGCAUUGAUUUCUGGUGAUGGCACAACCAAGUGCGCAAGUCCUCUUUGAGAUGAGUUACCAAGUCCUCUCGGAUUUGUCGCGGUGCACUAUCGUUUGUAAGACGAAGGACGUUGGAGGUCCAGCCUCAAGACCUGUUUGAACCGAGGCACCUCCAAGACUUUUAAUCUUUUACAAUACUCUGGCAGCCAAAAUCUGGUUGCAAGAAUAUGGUAUCUUUGUCAAAUCUUGAGGCUCCAAAAGGGAGCGGUAGGUAGUAGGGCGAAGUGGAACUCUUUGAAAAGACUUGUGGCAUAGGUUUGCAGCUUUGAUCGUCAUUUCUCAAGCAAAUAGUGAAC